AUGGGAAAAUAUAAUUUCUUAUGUUGCAAUAUAGGUCAACGUCAAAUUGGUUUUGAAGCAUGGCUCCACCACUUUCUGCGUACCAAAUGGAAAAUUUCGAUCCUCUUCCGGAUGAGGAAUUAAUUUGUAGUAUUUGUCGUUGUGUGUUCUACGAUCCAGUGGAAUGUCCGUGCCGUCACGUUUACUGCCGAACGUGCAUUAGCAAUUGGCUAAGACGUCAGAAGACUUGUCCUGUCUGUAGAAAAAGAGCCAGUACUUCCAAACUCCAGACGGUGGUGCCAAUAAUCAAAAAUAUGAUAAUGAAGUUAACUAUUUAUUGUCCUAAUUCUGAACAUGGAUGCAAACAGAAAAUUGCUCUAGAAGCAUAUGAUUCUCAUUUGGCUAGUUGUGAUUAUGAAAUAGUGCAGUGUAAAAAUGCAAAUUGCAAAGUGAAUUGUAUUCGUAAAGAUAUGCCUAAACACGAACAAAAAGAAUGCAAAUUUCGAUCUGUAAAAUGUCGACGCCACUGUUCUCUGAUGUUGCCUAUUAGCUCAAUUAAAUCGCACAGCUGUGUCGAAGAACUGAAAAAAGAUCUGAAAGGUAUGUUGAAAUUUGAUUUAAAUUUUAAAUAAAUAUUAGUUAUAUAAAAUAGCUGGAAAAGAAUUGAUUAAAGUUUUAUUUAAGGCUGCAUUUAUACAGACUAAGCAUUUAUGCAGACUUGGAGCCAUUGUACAAUUUAAAAGAGAGAAAAACAGGCAAGAGAAUUUUUGGGACCAGAAUUUGCAUUUGUGAUGCAGUUUACACUGAAGAUGGAAAUGGAGUUCUUGUGUGUUAGGCAUGAGAAGUGCACCAAUUUCUUGCAUCCUUGAAAGUUCAGUCUGUUGAACUUUUUCUCAUAGUUUUCUCUCCUCUCCUGAGUCGGCACAUAUGCAGUAGUUUGGCGGUCUUGCUUCCAUACAAUAAAAUGGUGAUGAUGGAGCACACUGCAAAUGGUCUGAGCACAAAAAACAGGAAGGUCAUAAAUAAAAUGAAUUUUCUAUAUUUUCUUCACAUUCCACAGCCAUGGAAAUGUGAGAGAUGUGUGUAGCACUGUGUAUGGGCUCUUUGUAAAAUUUGUUGAACUUUUCCUUCUUGCUUUUACACGAAUGCAACUAGAGGGAAAACAAGGAGCGUAUUCUUGUAAGUGCAUGACCUUCGUUCACUUGGUUUCUCUUCUCCUCCUGUUUUUAUCUCUCCUAUUGCAUUUCUUGUGCCUGAAUAAAUGCAGCCUAAGUCAUUACAGUUUUAUUAAACUUGGUACCAUAUUAAAUACUUUUCUUUUUUCUGCUUGUUAAGGAAGCCAAAUUUGGUGAAACAAUAUUAAAAUUUUAUAUUGACAAUUUAAUAUAUACAUUAUAUUUGUAUAUAUAUUUUCUUAAAAGAAAAACUUUCAUAUUUUUAGCAAAUUAGACUUCCUUAACAAGCAAAAAGAAAAGUAUUUUAUUUAAGUUCCACUAAAGUAUAAUGUACAAAACUUUUUUUAUAUUAGCAAUUACCUAUGUCAGUGAUUCUCAAAGUUGUACAGUCUGUGGACCACUUAAACCAUCUUACAGAAGCAGCAUAUCACCUAUGCCUCCAUUCACUUCUUAUUCUGUAAAAAUCACCUUAGAUUUCAAAAAAUUUUAUCUGCUGAGUAACUUAAUGUAAGAGAAAAAUGACACACAAAAUGGUUUUUACUCUGGCUAAAAGGCAUAGAAUUUUUAUUUUAGAACAGUGAUUAGAUCAGUUUGCAGACUACCUGAAGCAUUCUUGUAGAUUCAUCAGUGAUUCACCAACUAUACUUUGAGAAUCUUUGAUUUAGAUUAUUUAGUGUCAAAAAUAUAUUAUUUUAUUUUGAUUAAAAAGUGUAAACUUUUAUUAUAUUAAAAUAAAUAUGUUUAGGAUCAGUAAUCGUUUUCAUUUUAGUUAAUAAACUCUUAUUUUUCUUAUUUAUAGUAAUGUUAAAGAUUCAAAAUUGCUUUAUGUGAUGCCAAAUAGUUUAAGAAAUUAUUAACAUUGUCUGUCAGCAUUAUUAUUUUACUUGAAAUAUUACUACAAGUAUUUUUCACAAAUUCAGACUGUCUUCUUCAGAUAUAGAAUAAUGGAAUCUUAUAAUUUAAAAUAUACAUUAAUGUGUUCCAAAUGACAAAUUUAAAAUGUAUUCCAUAGGAUGCGUCAAUAUAUUGAAAAAACUAUAAUUACUUUUUUUUCCUUACCAACUGUUGAGAUUCAAUGACAAAAAGAAGAGUUGGGUGUUUGCUCAACCGUCCAUUCCAUAUUUGGGAGCCAUUAUGCAUCGUAUUUUACAUGCUUUCAAAGACAUGGCAUUGUACUUCCUAUAAAACUGCAAAUUUCCCUGUGCAGAUAAUUAUUAUGUAAUGAUGGGGAUAGUUUUUACCUUUUUGGAGAAGUUGGGUCUACAUGGUCCCUUUAAAGCAGUCACAAAUGGGACCAAAAAUAUUUUAUAUUGGGGCCACAACUAGAAAAUUGGCUUGCCACUUUCAAGAACAUCAAGAUAUCAAAAAUUGCAGAACCACUACCAAACUUGUUGGAAACACUUUAGAAAAUGGUUGCAAAAAGUAUUAUGGCUCGAUGCCACCCUACUUCAAUAGUGCUCAGAUUGCAGGGCCAUUUUCAUAUGGGAAUUGCUUUACAUAACAAUUAGUUCGUGUUUGACCUUCUGGCAAUAUGGCGGAUGUUAUAUAGGAAGUUAGUGUGAUAAUUUUUGUUUGAGUUAAUUCUAAAUUAUACAUUUUUUUUUGCGCCUUUUUAUUUCUGUUUUCUUUAUUAAUUAUUAUGUUGGGUUUAGUGAGUUAUACUCAGUUGACACCAGUUGCUGUGUACUACAGAAGGCCAGACCAGAGUCAAGGCAUAGUAACCAAAACAAGACAAAAUUUAAGUGUGUCAAUGUGUGUGUCUGUAUUCAGGAAUUUCCUAACAAUAUGACAAAUUCAAUAUAGUGGCCUUCUGUAGUGUGAUAUAUGUGUUUAUAUUCAGUUGAAUGUUCCCAGGUUUUUGUCUAGUGUGUGUGGUAUGACAGCUGUACAGGAGAGAAUGACAGAUACAAUAAGCACUUAAUUUUGUGGCUGAGUUCUGUGUACUUGCUGAUUUUUUCAGUGCUUGUGUUUUGUCCAUUGUGAGUGUUUGGAAUGGAUAUGUCUAUAGUGUAUGUGAUUUUAUUGUCUUUGUCAAAUGAGUGUGAUGUUUGGUCUGUUUGGUAAAUUGUUUUGUCUGUGAUUAUGGCUCUGUCAUAGUACAUUUUGUGCAUAUUGUUUUCCAAUACUGUCUGUGGGAUGUAUUUGUAGUAUUGUUCGUGGAUGUCUAAUAAUUUGUGUUUGUUUGCAAGCUCUUGGUAUUAUACUGUAUUUGCUACUUGAUUAUGUCUAUGUAAAUAAUCUGUCUAUGUCAAGAGCUUGCAACCAGAAGUUAUAUGUUGUAUUGUUUCUGGCAUAAUAUGGGCAGUGUAAAAGUGUACAAGUUACACUUUUAAAAUAGUUUUAAGAGCUUUUAAUUUCAACUUUUCGAAGAAAAGUUUUUAAAUCUAAUUUUAACUUCUAUUUAUCAGUUUUAUUUUUUAAAAAGUUUUUUGUUUUAAACAUUAUUCGCCUCUUCAUUUUUUACCCAUCUACAGCAUCUGUUUUUAAACAAAUUUUAUGCAGUCAGUUGCCCAAUUUUUAAUUUCAGAUACGUCGUACUAACCUUGUAUAGCUUUGCAGUUACUACUUAAAAACGUAAUACAAACGUUUUUGACCCACUUCUAGGGUCUUCCUCAGGUGUUUUAUAAUUUUUCUGGUUCAAUUCUGAUUUUUAACUGAUCAGGUCUCCAACGCUUCUAUCUUCGGAAUUUAUUUUUUAAAAUUUCAACAUUCAAAUCUCCAAACAAUGUGUGCCUGCGCCAGUUGUUAUAGCGUUGCAUCAUAAAUAGCCUGCCAUGCUCUCGGGAGUUGUUUUUCUUCUUUAAAAUUGAUUGACAGGCUUUGCAGUCUGCUUUAAAAAUUUCUAGCACCUCAGAUUUUGUAGUUGGUUUAUAUGUCAAAUUUGUCAAAUCAUUGUCGCUUGUUGUAUGUUAAAUG